AUGUACGUGCAUCCGGGCACCUCGGAGGUCCUCAUUGUCCUCCUAGGGUCAAUCUGUGCCGGGUUCAUCUCGUCGCCGGCGAACUCCGUCUACUUGAAGAACCUCAACAGAGGGGGCUAUUGCACACCCAAUUGGAUGCUGGUAAAGGUCCAGCACUUCCCACAGUCAGCUUCAGCAGUCCGAGCCCUGGGCUUCAAAUCUUUGGACUUUGCUCUCUUCGCUAAUGAUUUGCCCUCUGAGUUGGUGGAGGCCGCCACUUUCCUUGAUGAUGCUCAGGUUAAGAAGCUUAAGGGUGUUCUUGGUGGCACCGGCUAA